AUGUCUUUCCAACUCCAUUCGUUCCUCAAGGUGGGGAACGUUUGUGAUUUCCACCUCCCUGCCUUCAUCAAGGUCUUCUCGCUUGUUCCAAGGUUAGCUCGUAUCGAAGCUCCACCCACUCUAAAGGAGUGGCCUGUCCAGUUACCCAGUUUAGCAUCUCCCCACACUUCACUCAAGACUUUAAGAAACUUCUCCUUUCUUAGUAAACCUUCCUUUGUUUGGAACAAAAAACUUUCUCGAUCUUUUUCUCCGUUCAUGUCCAUUACCCGUCUUACAGCCGCCACUGGAUCUAGUACAGACGGUUGUUCCUCUAUCAAGGCGAUUGCUGCAAUGAAUUCGUGUUCUUCUGAUCUUCCGAUGCAUCUAUCGAGUAAUUCUAGAAGUUGUUGUACUUUCACUGGUUUCUUUUCUACUACUACUAUCUUCACUCCCGAUUCACCUGCCCAAGCGAUAAAGUUAUACAGUUGGUUGUCUGUAUGGUGGCAUCUUGCUUUAGCUUAUCAGUCGUCUGCCUUCGGAUUUCUCUCAGGUUCAAAUCCUUUUGUCAACGAGUUUUCCGGCUCGACUAGUUUUCCGACUUCUAGUAUAUGUAUUAAGAAUCUCACGAGGUACACUACUUGUGGGUAUUUUGGUUAA